GCAGAGGAAGAUGAACGCACAGAGCACUUCUUUGAGGCUUGGGGGUGUCAGGAUACCUCACCUUCAAUUCUUUCUAGAUGGUUUGAGAUCUGAUUGAUACCCUCUAAUCUAGAGGCUCAUUCCCAGCGUUUAAAUAGUCCAAAAGCUCAUCCUCAUCAUUCCAGGAUUUCUAGACAGGCAAGAGAUACCAAGAAACGUGUGAUCGUCCUGUGGACUCUCUCAGGUGUGAAAAAGAGGGCUUCCAUCUCUGAGCCCACUGCAUCCCAGAAAUUUAUUAAAGUAGCUAAAGCUGCAGGUGGGGAGUCGGUAGGCACCAUCAAAGAGAAGCUAAAGCUAGACUUGCCACUAUGAAAGCUACUUCGACCCAGCUUCCCAUUUGUAAGGUUGCUCGACCGGCUGGCAAAAAGUGUGAUCUAGACAGCAUCAAACUCCCUAGGGGAAGGCGGCCCUGUGGUGCGGGAGAGGAGAAGGUGGAGGUGAGACUUAAGGGAUCGCACUUUUGGGGUUCGGAGGGGGCUCUCCGGCGUAGCAGAACCUGCCAGCCUUCCCUUCACCAGGGUUCCCUCCCCAACAGCCAGCUGGACUACACAGCGGUCAAUCCCGCUAGGCUUUGGGGGAAAACCUUACAGUUUGUCGCCCCCUGUCGGGUCGGGUCCCGGCUUGGCUGCGCAAGUUCCCGAGUGGCGGCGGGCUGGAUGAGGUGGCUGAAAGAUUGGACUGCACAAGGCAAAGUGUCUCCUCAACUUUCCUUGGUCAUCUCCACUGCUCCGGGGCAGCUAACAACAGUCCGUGAGGCGCGCACAGAGGUAAGAAAGCUCGUCGACUCCGCAUUUGAGCGUGGUAAACUAGUAUUGCCUGUGCUAAGCUCAGCGUGCAACGAAGUGAGCAGUGGUUUCCAGGAGCGAGGAAGUCACCCGGCUGGAGAAUCCAGCGCAGCGAAAGCUCGUCCACCUGGUGCUGGACUCACGCAGGGACAGAGGACCAAGCCAGCCCUGCAUUUUGGAAAGCACGCUGAAGCUGGAACGAGAAGACCUUGGUCCUUACGGCAGCUGGGCCAUUGACUAGCCAUAUGUUCCAAAAAAAAAAAAAAAAAAAUCAAAAAUCCAGCUUUCUUCAAGGACUCAGCAAGCUUUUCUUCAAGGAGAAUGACAAGAUGUGCCCUGGCUGCUGAAUAUGCUUAAUUACAGUGGAACACUUCAACACCAUUAAAU